AUGCGGAGACCGCCGUACCUGCUCUUCCUUUUCCUUACCUUUCUCUCAUCCCUCUCCCUGUCCCUUGCAGCCUCGCGAACGUCUUUCUGCAAAUGCACCUGCUUCGGCAACAGCACCAUCGUAGCCCUCGACGCGCCCAGCACGAAGAAGCCCGCCGCCCUCGAAUUGAAACCCCGCGCCUCCAAGAAGACAUGUAACGACUGCAACCGCCAAUUCUUGCCUCGGGAGAACGUGCUUACAACUUGUUUUCAAAGGGACUCUGCGAAGGACCAGGCAGUUGUGUUUGUGUUCAUCGGAGCGACGGUGGGGCUAUUGGGGUGGGCGGCAUUGCGGCCUUAUGUUGAGGGAUGGAGAGAGCGUGCACGGGAACGUCGAAGCUAUAUACCAGUGGCUGGUCAAGGGAACUAG